AUGCUGUUCUAUGUCCUACUGAUAGAGCAGGUUUCGGAUACCAAAAUACGGAUCUACGGCAAGGAGAGGCUAAGGGUUGGGGAUAGCGGCCGAAUGACGUAUGGCGAAAAAAUGGCAAUAACGCUCACCGUUAAACCGGAGCACUUGCAUUACAUGGGUUUGAUGGACAAGGAUGUUCUUUCAAAUGUGGAUUAUGAAACGGUGGUAAAGAAAAACUAUUUUUAUGCCGAUUUGCCGGCCAAUCUAGAAUUGAUCAAGUGUAAUAAGAAGAACUUGAAGGGUGCCGUUAGAUCCUUUACCGAGUUCUCUUCUCCAGCAGAACAGUUCAUAAUUACUAAACGAAUUAGGGGACCUGGAAUAGUAGAAAUUUCUGAGAUAUACGAAACAAACACAGAGCUGAUCACCAAAGAAGAAGACAUCAAAUUUAUGGAGCAUGCUGAGUACCCCCCACUUAUAAUAGGAGCUCUUUUCGUAGCAGAUACGUUGUUAAAGGUUAAUCUGUACAGAAUGGAAGACAGAAAACACGUUUUUCUAAAGGUAAUCAAUUUUACCGAUAUAAGAAGUGAAUCGGUCGAUGUUCUGGUCCAUCACAACAUGCAUUUGAAGAGUAUUAGUGGAGUAUGGGUGAUUGACACGUUUGAGUGUGCAAAACAACUCAUGAGGGGACGGUCUUUCUGUCUUAAUGAGAUCCUGGGCAGGAACUUGCUAGAGAACAGCGCGAGUGAUGGCUAUCAGAACGGUAACUGUGGUAAGAAAUAUGCAGAAGAUACCUUUUGUGCGCUGAUUAAGCUCGGAGUUCUUGAUUUGUGCAAAGAGUUGUGUGAGAUUACAGGGCACCAGUUGGACCGUACCAUAACUUUUAGAGCAGAGAGAACGGAGUAUCUCUUGAUGCACAGCAUGUAUCAGAAGAAAUGGUUGAUUUGCAGGGAACGAAAAGGAAAUAAUCAUUAUACAGGUGGGCUGGUUCUUGAACCACGAACUGGUCUGUUUGAAAACAUCAUCCUGAUCGAUUUUAACAGUUUGUAUCCUUCGAUAAUAAUCGAGGAGAAUCUUUGCUUCUCGACCAUUAAUAGAAAAGCACGUGCCGGCAAAGAAAAUGUUGAUGGUGCAUGUGCUGGCAACACGGAGGAAAUGGCAUUGUUGCCCGCGAUACUUAGCACGUUGAUUACAAGAAGAAAGAAAUUGAAGCAAGAGCUGGUGAAGAAGUAUUCGUCUACGUAUGAUGCACGACAGAAGGCCCUAAAAAUCACGGCAAAUGCUAUUUAUGGGUGCCUGGGAAGUACUGGCCGAUUUUCAAAUCUAGAGAUGGCGGCUUUCAUCACGGGUCGGGGCAGGGAACUGUUGAUGAAGGCGAAAUCGGAAAUAGAGAAAAUAGGACUGACGGUAUUGUACGGAGAUACCGAUUCUCUGAUGAUAAAGAGUGACUGCAGUGUUGAAGAGAUACCGUCUUUGGCACAAAAGAUCUGUGCCAGCAUUAAUAAUCACUACAAAUUCAUAAGCAUUGAAAUGGAGGAUAUUUUCGAGAGGAUAAUUUUGUACACGAAGAAGAAGUACGCGGGCAUUACAGUGAAAAAGGAAAUAAUACUCAAGGGAAUUGAGAGAAGAGAUUACUGCAUGCUAAGUAAUCAGUUCAUAUACGAUGUUAUAUGGAUCCUUCUAACAUCUAGCGAUCACAAUUUGGUAAUGAAAAGGCUUAUAGAGCUAAAAACUAAUUUAAAAACAUACGGCAAGGAAAAUUUCGUGCUUGAACGAAUGCUUAACAAGGAUCCUGAGAAGUACACAACACCUGAGGGAUCGCCCCAGGUACAACUUGCAUUGAGGAUCAAUGAGCACAUCACGAAAAACAACUUGAAAAUGCCUUUGUACAAGAAGAACGACAUAAUAUCGUACGUAAUGGGUCAUGAUGGUGCCUUUCUUCCGACAGAGAGCUUAGAGAUCAACUACGAGUACUAUCUAGAACAGCAAUUUCUUACUCCAUUUUUCCGACUUGUCGGUGUGCUCAAAAAUUUCAAUGUAGAUGCCGUACGAAGACUUUUCAACAUACAAAAGCGUGUUGUUUCUUCUUUGCGUAUAACCACGCCUUGCUGCAACACGCCACAGUCACAGACAGCUUUCUGCAACACAUGCAAUGCUGAAAUAGACAAAAAUUUCUUGCGCAAUCAGGCCAUCGAUAAUUUACGUGCAGAGAUUGAGCUUUUGUAUGAACGCAAAGUGAUGUGCCCGAAUUGUGAUAAUGAGCAAGGUCUGUUCCUUAAUUGCUUUAACUGCGGCUCCAACAUUCCAAGAAAGACGCGUAAUAAGGAGUUCGAUGAUUUUCUUGACGAUUGCCGCGGUACAUUUCCCUCUUUCGAGAUAGAUGAAAUAACGAAGAUGAGUGAGUACAGAACGGUAAAUCUGUUCUUAUAUUUUAGGGAGGAAAUUGAGAGGAGUUUUACAAAGUAGUACUGUGCCCUAAUGGGGAAUAAGACAUGCUUAUUUUGUUGUGCAUUCCCCAUGAUAUGUUACCAUUUAUUCUCCACAGAGCAGGCGACUGUUUUUGAUAGUUUCAUUACCGCUCAUUAAUUUUUUGUUCCAUCGUUCGUGAAUGGUGAAGAUCAACGUAGCAAAUCAAACAUUUAACACGUGUUAAAGCUAUGAUAAUGAAAUAAACUUUGUUAU